AUGGAUGGCAUAACGUAUUCUUUCUUCUCUUGUUCCCAAGGCCUCGGUCCCCCUGAGCUCUUCAGUGUUCCAGACCAGUUCUUUGAGAUGCUGCUGGUGUCCGGCUCGUCCUGGGGCGGUGGGGCGGCGUUCACGGGUACGUGCACGACGGGGGGUGGCCGGGGUCUCUGCUACAAAAACGAAGUCGAACAGAAUGAAUUGCGCUUCAGAAGAACUAGUCAAGCGGCGAUUUUGGCCCAGCUUCCAAGCAGACAAACAUUUUUUUCGGAGGCUGGUUUUACCUUGGGACGACGUCUGUCAUGCAUCGAAAGACGAAAGUCACAUCUCCACCAAAGAGCAUCCAUGACACCUUCGAUUGCUGUUGGUAUGGAGGAUGAUGAUGCUGAAGAGAUGGUUAUGGCCAACAGAAGAGUAUCUCAUGCAGUUAGCAUCACGGAUGGUGUUAAAAGUAUUACAGACCAAUGGGAAAGAACACAAAGCAUCAAGGCUAUGGUAGCCAGCAUCCACACAAAGCGUAAAUACAGAGACGAAAUUUUGCAAGAACCUGUUCAAAGAACCCAGAUUUGGAAAUAUCAACAGAAAAAGGCUUGGCAGAAUUUUAAGCAGCAGGCUAAAAAUGUGUUAUAUCAGCUGGAGUUAUGGUCAGGAGCAUUCAAAGAAAUAGAAGGUCAAUUUGGGACUUCUGUGAUGACCUACUUUCGGUUCAUGAGAUGGCUACUGUUCCUCAAUUUCUACCUGAUGGUUGUCAUGCUGGGUUUGACCAUGGUUCCUUAUGUAAUCAAAAUAAACCGUCCCUGGAGUUUCUUGGAUUCCCCACACCCAAACAAUACAGGGUCAAACUUCACUGGUGAUGAUUUCUUUGAAAAAGCCCUUAACUGUACUAAGAAUUACAUUAGGUUCCUGGAUAAUCAAACCAAUUCAGAGGAUUGGGGCAGCAAAGCCUUGGACACACUGCAAGGAACAGGUUGGAUGGAACACACAGUGUUGUUUUAUGGGACCUAUUUUAACAAGACCUACAGCCUGCCCUUGGUGGAGGGCCGCUUGACCUACAACAUGGGUCUGUCUUACCUAUUGGCCACCGGAGCAGCCUUCCUUGUCAGCUUCUUCCUCCUUGUCAAAAACUCUGCAAAAGGCGUAAAGUCCAGUGUACUGGAUGAGGGGAGUGGUCAGAUGACCCAGUUCUGUAACAAGGUGUUCGGUGGCUGGGAUUUCUGUAUAUCUAACCAGAAAGCAGCCAAAGAAAAGCACAAAAAUCUGACCCAAGAGCUCAGGGGAGAUCUGGACAACCAGAAAUUACUGUGGAAGAUAGAAAAUCGGACCACUCGGGAGAAAGCCAAGCUGUAUUCCAUCAGGGUGGUGGUGAAUACAGUGGUGCUUGGGUUCCUUGGUGGUUCCCUGUAUCUGAUUUACUACGCCAACAAUAAAUUAAUUGAUUUACAGAGAGAGUUUGGGGACGUUCAUCCCAUUGUGCAGACCCUGAUUCAGUUCAUGCCCUCGGUCACUAUAACACUCCUAAACAUCAUUGUGCCCAUUAUAUUCAAGAAACUGGUGGAAUUUGAGGACUACAUGCCUGCUUUUCAGAUGCAGAUUACUCUGUUAAGAACAGUGAUUUUGAGGCUUGCCUCUCUUCUAGUUUUGAUGGGAUCUCUGUAUGGAAUGGUUGUGGAAGAUCAUGAUCAUUUUGUUGAUGACUGCGGAAACAAGAGAUGGCAAACUAUAAACAACACCUCCGAAGCUCCCAUCAAGUGCUGGGAGACUUAUGUGGGCCAACAAAUAUACAAACUUAUCAUCCUUGAUUUCCUUGUACCAUUCGUAUUGACUUUUAUCGUAGAGUAUCCUAGAAGAUUGGUGUACCAAAGAUUCCAUGAGAGGUUUAAAGUGGUGAAUAUGAUGGGACAACAGGAGUUUGACCUUCCCAAGGCUGUCCUUGACCUUGUGUACACUCAGACACUUUGUUGGAUGGGUCUGUUUUUCUGUCCAUUUAUUCCAAUGAUGUCAUUUGUGAAGUGUUUCAUCUUCUUUUAUGUAAAAAAGGGGACUGUUCUUAAUAAUUGUAUCCAACCGGUCCGUCCCUUCAGAACUUCCAAGUCCAACUCCUUGUUCAUUGCUGUUCUCUUCAUCUCUUUUAUCAUCUCAUGUGGACCAAUGACAUACAUGAUUGGAACAAUUUCACCAUCUCAGAGUUGUGGACCUUUUAGAGUGUACAGUGUUGAGAACUUCAUAUUUUUCGACACUAUCCGGAACCUCAUUUUCACAUUUCCGUCCGAUGCACAAAAGUUCUUUCAUAUAUUUGGAACCAUGGCAUUUUUUAUUCCUGCAAUAGGUUUAACAUGCUUUUUCAUGUAUUAUUACUGUGUGCAAGCCGUUGGAUACAAGAGAAGAGCCAAACUGCUGAAAGAAGAUCUGAUAAUGUUGAUGCACUACUUCCUCAUACUUGCCAAGAUUGUGUCUGCAAUCAGGAAAUCUUUUCGAUUAAAUAAAUACCAGAUGGCUACGGGUAACUCAAGUGGUGGUGACAAGGGAUAUGAGGACUUGCGUAACACUUCGUGUCCUGAAGAGAGGGAGCCGCUGAUGUCAGCGGAAGGACGCAAACUUGCUAAGAAGAGGAAAGAGCUUGGAGAUGAUGUAUCGACCUCUUCGGAUUCGGAGCUGGUCAGUAGACGACCUAAAUCAGAGACGCCACCUGUAGACGUCUCAAAGCUGCGCAAAGAGAGGGAUAAAAAAUAUCAAUCUCAACCAUUGGAAUUACUAGAAACAAGUUCAUCAGUUGAUUUUGACAGCUGGAGAAAGGAUCACACGACAGAACAAUCCGCAUCUAGCAGUCCAGAUAGUGAUAGGAAUAACACAAGGGAACGAAGACGGUUGAAAUUUAAGUCACAGCCAGAAGAAAUAGAAGAAUUCGAACUUUCACAUUCCUGGGAUCAUAGGAUGUAUGAUGGUAGGGAAUAUCGCCCCAGGGCCUCAGCCCCUCCAUUGGGUUUUGAUGAUCAGCCAGGGCCUUCCAGGAGAAGAGAUUAUCAGUCUGGCCCUCCUGUUGGUGAGCCUCUCAUGGACUAUGAUGAGAGAAGGUAUCCUGAUGUAGAUAGACAGAGACAAAUGCCUAGUUCCUCAAGAGACGACAGUGCCAGGUAUUACCGGGGAAGCCAGAUGCCCCGAUCUGAUUACAGAAAUGACAUGGAAAAUAACAACAUCAGAGACAAUGGAGAAAUCGAACUCUCUGAUGUGUUUCCAAAUAUCAACAAGUCUGAUGGAAAGGGAACACUGAUCCGACAUCGCCGCAAGUCCAGCAGGAAGGGAGCGUUCGGAGAAGUGGACUACGACUCGGAGGAAGACGAUGGCAAUACGCUGCCCAGCCAACGAGCCAUUCAACGGAAUCGAACAAAGUCUAUCAAAGAGAGAAAAUUAGAAUUAGAAGAAGAGAAGAGGACCCAUCCUCGCCCCAAGACUCUGGCCGAGAAGUACCACGAUUUAAGGAACAAAGGGACGAUAACAGCAGGGGAUGUGGCCACCAUUGUCAGGGAGUCAACUCUAACUCGAAUGCAUACAUUGAGUGGUACAACAGAGUCUAAGGCAUGGCAUAAAUUCCAAAUCAGGAAAAAGGCUUUUUUGGACAGAUUCACUAUAUGGGCAGGGACAUUGAAGGAAGUGGAAGGUCAGUAUGGCACAGCUGCAAUGACCUACUUCCGUUUCAUCAAGUGGUUGAUGUUUCUGAAUAUCUACAUAAUGAUUAUCAUGUUUUGUGUGAUAACUGUCCCGUACCUGGCCCUGGGUCCUUAUACCUUUAACUCCUCCCUCACUGAUGCGAAUGUGUCGGGAUACAGAGAGGCCAUAGAAUGUACUACACAAUAUGAAAUUUACCAUAGCAAUCUGACGGAAACGGAAAGUAUAGGACAGCAAGUGCUAGACCUACUACAAGGCACUGGUUGGAUGGAGAGAAGAAUUUUGUUUUACGGAGUCUAUUACAAUAAGACGUACACUAGUGGUGACGAGACAUAUACUUAUAACAUGGGCCUGGCCUAUAUGCUGGCGUUUGGAGGUUGUUUUCUGCUCUCCUUCUUACUUAUCGUCAAAAAUGCCUCAAAAAAUGUAAAAGUUUCACUGGGUUCAGCUGAAACUAUGGCAGUUUACAGCAAUAUGAUAUUUUCUGGCUGGGAUUUUUGCAUCAACCAGCGAAGGGCAGCCAAAGUUAAAAGGAAAAACAUCUUUACUGACAUACAGGCUGAACUUCAUGAUCAAAGGAAAGAAUGGAGAAGACAGACGAGGUCAGGGGUAGAAAAUGUCAAGUUGUAUGCGAUUCGAUUCCUAAUCAACCUCUUGGUGCUGGCUCUGUUAGGAGGAGCCCUAUACCUCAUCACAUUUACUGCUGAACAGAUGAUAGAGCUUCAGAACCAGAAGAACCUGUCUGAGAUAGUGGAACUACUGGUACAGUACAUCCCCUUUGUGACUAUCACGGUCCUCAAUGCUGUCCUGCCCAUCAUCUUCCAGAAGCUGGUGCAGUUUGAAGAUUACAGAUAUGAGUUUGGCUUUAAACUCACACUAGCGAGGGCCAUUUUACUGAGAUUAGCUUCUCCGAUAGCGUUGAUAGCUAUUCUGUACAAGGAGCUGAUAGAGAGGCCAGAUGAUGAUGAUUCUUCCUCCUCGGGUCAGUGUGGCAAUAAACAGUGGAUAUCCGACUCCAGCAGAGGGCGAAUCAUGUGUUGGGAGACCUAUUUUGGACAACAGUUGUAUAAAUUGGUUCUACUGGAUCUCAUCGUAGAAACAGGAAUUAUUUUCUUCAUGCAGGUACCAAGAUGGUACUUGAACAAAAAGUAUGGUAAGACCAGCAAGCUGGUGAAGCUAGUGGGACCACAAGAGUUCGACUUGCCACAGAGUGUGGUGGACAUCAUAUACACACAGAGUAUCUGUUGGUUAGGGAUGUUUUUCAGUCCUCUCAUUCCAUUCAUGACAUUUGUCAAAUGUGUUCUCUUCUUUUGGGUCAAAAAGUUGGCUGUUUUGAAAAUAAAUGUACCACAAGAACGUCCAAUCAAAACAUCCGGCUCAAACUCACUCUUUAUGUUGGUGCUACUUCUGUCUUUUAUCAUUGCUGCUGGAUUGCUUGGAUACAUGAUUGGAACCAUACCUCCGAGCCAGAGUUGCGGACCCUACAGGGUGUACAGCAAUCAGACGGGGGCGGUCAUGUUUAAUGUUGUCACCAACACGGUCCAGAACUGGCCCACAGAGGCCAGGGACGUGUUCGAGUUCCUGGGGACGGUCGGCUUCUUCAUCCCUGUGGUUAUACUGCUUGUUCUGUUGAUGUACUACUACUGGCUACGUGGCCAGGGUUACAAGAAGACAGAGGAACUGUUACAAGACCAGCUUAAAAUGGAGGGAAGAGACAAGAAGUACCUGCUGGACAGAGUCAAUGAAGUCCUGACUCAGAAUGCAGAUCUGUUGUCCUGAGAAGGUGGUGUCAAAACCUACAUUAUCUUUAGAAGGCGGUGCCAAAUCCAGUGUCAGCCUCAUUGUUGUCGUGUGUCAAUCAUGUCAUUCAAACUUUGAUUACCAACUAAUUUUAAGUUGAAAGAUACUUGGUACUGAUGACAAAAUUAGGUAUUCGUUGCUAUUGGUAACUAAAUAUAUGUGAUCAUGAGGAAAUCAUCUGGACAAUCAUCAUCAUCAUCAUCACCACCAUUCUUCCACUUUUGGUUAUAUAUUCCAGAAAAGUGCUAUUUUUCACAGGUUGCAAUUCCAGUUGACCAAUUUGUGUUCCUUUUUUGCACCCUUUUUGUUUUUUGUUUAUACAUGUAUCUCUGUGUAUUCAAAAACUCAUUUAUUAUCCGUCCUUUGUAUAGAAAUCCUCACCUUUGAAAUGAAAAUGGACACAAUAAACAUCACACUAUGUAAUUUUUUUUAAAAAGACAAUCUUAGUAAUGGCAAUUACAGAAGUACAUGUACUAGUAUUUUUAAUUCAUAGAUUUGUAUACAAAUUAUUAUCUUUUCAGUCUUUACUUUAUACACUUAUUUAAUUAAACACAACUUGAUGUAUAAUUCAUUCAAUUGUAAUUCACAGUAAUAUUUACUGACAAAAGUUUGUUUUGUUUAUCAUAGUGUCAAAUGCACGUCAUAAUUUUAUAUCAACAGUGUAGAUAACUGAGUUAUAAUUUGUAUAUUAAUAUACAUGUAUGUAAUAUUGUCCAGUAUAUGUUUCUCCAUGUAAUUUAUGUUUUUCUAAUGGGGCAUGCUGGGGUCUUUCAUUGUAAAUGAGAUUAUUCCCAAAGGAAGCUAUACAUGCAUCAAGGAAUGUACAUGUAUUUGGAUUAAGAAUUAACUCUGAACUGAUUAACAUAUGGUUCAAAGCUGUAAUAAAAUGAACAGUUUAAGAAUUUAACAAACUUUCCAUAUGUUUAUCAGUAGAAUGUUAUGACUGUUUGCUACAUGUUUCAUCAAUCUGUAACUUAAUAUGUACUGUUAUACGAGUAUACAUUUAUUAUGUAAUGUGCCUUUUGCUUAACAAUGUCUUCCAGUUAAUUUACUUGUACUGUUGUCAAAACCAGAGGAAAAAAUCCGCAACAAUCAAACAGAAAUAAAAUUCACAAAGAAAGUAAAUAAA